AAGCCUGGUACUCAUUUUUCAAGUCGUGUAAAGUGUCUUUCCCAAGGGCACAAGACCGGGGACAUUGUAGGUUUAGAACCCGGGACCUUCAGGCAGAUAGUAAGUACUGUAAGUUUGUGCCCUCUGGCGGCUUUUGUGGAAGUGGAGACGCCGAUUUUGGUUCAACCUUUCGACGAGAAUGGAUCGUCAUGAUUUUGGUACGCAGAUAGCCAAAGUGAUGACUAACAUCAUUAAAUACAAAUCAUGUAAAUCAACAGCUAAUUUGCAUGAUUAAUGAGAAGUUUAUGAAAGAUUGGAUCGGUGUUGAUUACACAAUUAACUAUUCAUCACAAAUUGUACUGGAUUAAGUUCGACGUCCAAUCAAGACAUCGUCAGCGGCGUGUUUUGUCUGUGUGAUCAGACAGUGUUAAACUCAAUCAAAAAUUCUGUCUGAUUGGACUAUUGAUUACAUUGUGUGUAAAUGAUCAAUCCUAUUACGAUGUGUUUGUUUUUUCUUCAUAUGCUAGACAAAGCGGAUAGUACAAUUACUGUCCGCCAUUGUCUUCUGUCCGCGCAAAGACAACAUUUGUAAUCAACGUGCUUCUGCUCUGUGAUUAUAGACGGUUGGCUAAUCCUUCCCGAUCUAUAAAGAUGCGACACACUCCUUGAAAAUCCACAGCUUCUUCGACGAACACCCUGAGUCACGACUCACAAGCCAUGGCGAUGUUCAGCAACGAGGAUUUCCACCAACAAUUCCAAGACUUCUUUAACCGACUUCCUGAGCCGAAGAACUUGCGGAGCACUUGGUCCGGUACGGUGCUGUUGGAAGUGCGGCCCGACUUUACUGACAGCGUCAUCGCCAAGCUGAAGUUCGAGUUGGAGAAGUCAGGUGCCCAGGACUUCACUUUCCCGGGCUACACCAUUCCGAUGUGCGGUACGGACUACACACCGCUGGAGCUGAACAACCGCGAGGAUCUCCGGAACGUCACCCUGCUGCUGAAGACGCACUUCCCGGACUUCAAGACCCUCGUCAUGGCUCCAGGCAGUUCAUUCUCGUACUCGAACGACCAAGCGACCAACUGA